AUGGCAACCCUAGAGUCAAAAAAAAACUACAUUGUUCAUUACAGAAACCUUCAGCAGGCUAUUAAAAACGGAUUAAUAGUCGAAAAAGUGCAUAGAGUUAUUCAAUUCAAUCAGUCAGGGUGGUUAGCUGAAUAUAUAUUAUUGAAUACGAAUUUGAGGAAGAACUCGAAAAAUGAUUUUGAGAGUCAAUUUUUUAAGCUCAUGAUUAACGCUGUAUUUGGGAAAACCCUUGAAUCGAUGAGGCAUAGAUUAAAAAUGGAAAUCGUAGAAAAUCUUUCGGCUGUUUCGUUAGAAAAUAAGAUCAUUGAAUUCUGUAGACCCAUAUAUAUAGGUUUUGCGGUCCUUGAUGUUUCAAAAAGUUUGAUGUAUGACUAUCACUAUGAGGUAAUGCAGAAACAUUAA